CAAAUCGAGGCUUCAAAAUAAAAAUUUGGAAAAAUAUACACAAAACAUCUCAAGAUUUAUGAUUUUCUCAGAUUGAGGGGUGGAUUAUUUUGAUAAUACAUAGAUUUUUAUAAUAAAUGGAUAUCAACGUACGCAUAACUCAAAAUUCAUCUGGAACAAUAAUGGAAAAAGCAGUUUUUAGAGGCGGAAUAAGUCCUGUCUAAAAAAUGGGAAAAAUGGAACUUUUCUUUUCUUGGAACAAAACUAAAUUUAGGCCUAGUAGGAUCUGAUCCAAAAGUCAAUACUAUAAGUAAAUGAUGGGAACUGUAAUGUGGCUGAAAAAUUCUGUAGUUCAUCUCGUCGUGAUCUUUAUGGUGAGGUGCCAUACUGUCCAAUCUUGUGGUGGAACCCUAACAAAAACCUCUGGCUGGUUCACAUCACCUGGCUACCCAGGUGCAUACAAGUCACACACCAAAUGUGAUUGGUUAAUUCGAAGUAACCAAUCAGGACAGAUUCAAUUGCAUUUCACUGAUAUAAGAUUAGCUAGGCCAGCAUACGCAAACUACAUACAGCUUUUUGAUGGUAUAUCACCAAAGGCUAGGAAUAUUACAACCUUUAUUAACUUUGUAAAGCCUGACCAGAUUUUUGAAUCGACAAGCAAUGCAUUAUAUAUAAGCUUCAGGACAGAUGAUAAUUCACAAUCCUACAGAGGCUUUAAUGCAAGUUACCAAGUGAAAUCUUGUCCCAAUAAGAAGGAAACACGUGAAAGGGGGAUCAUCUACAGUCCAUCAUACCCACAAUUCUACCCCGACAAUGACUGCAUGCAAUGGUCUUUAGACAAUAUAGAAGAAGGUGGCAUUGUCACCAUAAGUUUUUCCAAGAUGGACAUCAAACCUGAUGCAGAUGGACAAUGCAAUGGCGAUUACAUAAUGUUUGGUCCUGUGCCUUUAUCUAAAAAGAUCUGCGGGACUUUAGGCGAGGAUCCCCCACCAGUGUAUAUCUCUACACACAACCCAUUGAUUUGGAUUAAAUUUAAUUCCAAUAACCAAAAUGCAGGAAGGGGGUUUGUUCUCACAUAUAUAAUUGAUGUAGUGUCUCCAACAGUGUCCCCAUUAAAACCAUGCGCCAUUGAUGAAUUCAAGUGCAACAACUCAAAGUGCAUCUAUGACAACUGGCACUGCAAUGGGGCUGAUGAAUGUGGCGACAAUUCUGAUGAGAUUGAUUGUAAAGGUCGUGUCACAGCCCAGCCUAGUAUAUGCGGAUUUGGCAAGUUUGGCUGUAUCUCUAAUGAAACACAAGAAUUCUCAUGUCUUUGGAACUUCAAACGCUGUGAUAAUGUCAUACAUUGCCAAGAUGGGUCAGAUGAGGAAGGAUGUAAUAACACUAGUCAGUGUGGGGCAGUGUUAGAAAAAGCUCCUGGGUAUUUUACGACCCCGAACUAUCCAAAGAAGUACCCUCAUAACUUUGACUGCGAAUGGCUUAUCUUAGUGGAACCAACCAAGAAAGUACAGCUGAGGUUCAAGGACUUUGACCUUGAAAACAAUGUCCUUACGGAUUACAUCAAGGUGUAUGAUGGGAAAAAUGCUAAAGCUCCUCUGAUUGGUCAGUAUUAUGGCGAGCAAAUUCCACCCAAUGUAAUAGAUGGCUCUAAGAGUGAACUCUUUGUGACGUUCCAUUCAGAUAAAAGUUCAUCCGCUAAGGGCUUCAAUGCUACAUACCAAGUUAAAGGUGAAUGUUUACCUAUUGAGCAAGCCCCUUGUAAAUAUGGGGAAGAUGAUUGUUAUGCCAUAAAGGAAAGGUGUGAUGGUGUGUGGAAUUGUAAGAAACAUGGAGGAGAUGAGAGAGGAUGUGGUGCGUGUGUGGAGAAGGCAUUUGCAUGUUCUCCAGGGGGAAGCCAGUGCUAUUCUGAGGCAGAACACUGUAAUGGACUGGGACACUGCUAUGAUUCUAGAGAUGAACAAGACUGUAAUUCUGAUGUGUGCGGCCCCCACAAUGGAACCUUCCUUUGUCGUAACAGGAAGUGUAUCUAUGAGUCAUGGCACUGUGAUGGAACGAAUGAUUGCUCUGACGGGAGUGAUGAAGAGAACUGUUCAGGUAUGCCAUCCGUGCGUGUUAUAACAGCAGCUGUGGUUGGCUCCCUUGUCUGUUGUUUGUUGCUGGUGAUCGCAUUUGGUUGUACAUGUAAACUGUAUGCCAUGCGAUUGCAAGAACAACACGGUGGUCCACGCUACCAGUCGCCUUUGACACGCUACCAGAUCAUGGCCUUCAACCAGAGGCCAGUGCCACCUACUUACGAUGAAGCCAUGCAGAAUUCCAGAUCAUUUGAUGAUGUACAGAGAGAGUAUGUAGAGCGGGCCCGCACCACAGGGAGACGUGGGCGACGAAAUCGGGGUCAAGGUCGUCAGAGGUCAAGAGACUCCCAACCCAUUCAGGACAAUGUCAGUCCAGGAGAUCGUGCCAUGGAUAAUACACAAAGAGGUAACGGUGUUAUAAAUGAUGGAUUUGAUUCUGAAGGGCUACCUUCUGGAUCAGAUAAUCCCCAGGGAGCAGAAGCCCCACCCAGAGGGCCUAUACAAACUCUAUUCAAUAUACACCCACCCUCAUUGUUGGACUCCGAUGAUGGGUCUGUGCAGACAUCUAUUAGCGUUUCUAGGGCAACGGGUGUAACAGCUGAAUGGCAUCGUCAUGCCAGACCUAAAAAUGCUCAAAAUUCUAAUAACAGUGCAGUAGUACCUACCUCAAAUGAUCCAGGGAUCGAUGGGGGUAGCAUCCAGAGUGUCCCCAGUAGGGGUUACGAAUCAUCUGACGAUUCAGUCUUAUUAUCAUUAGAUGAGGAUGAUAAAGAUCUGAACGAUGAAACAUCUCUCAUCAAUAUUUCUGCUAAUUCUCAAACUGCUCCAUCUGGGGAGCAGAAUCGGUCCAGGACGAACAGACAGAUUCAAGAUGGCGGGACUUCAGAUGGGGAUAGUAUACAAUCAGAAAGUAUGGAAAUGAGCGGAAGACUGUAUAGGAAUCAGAAUAUAUCGAGACUUUCUAUUAGCUCUGAUGUAUCAAUUGAGGACUUGGAAUCAGAUGUUCCUUUAUUGCUGCCAUAAAUCGUCAUAUCAAAAGUCCAGGAUGAAGUUUCUCAAAAAUGUAGAAUAUGAUUCUUUAUAUUCCAUUCUAGUUUCCUUAAUUGCCAUUGAACCAUAUUGAAAAUGGAAAGUUAAAAUUA